GGGAAUACUGUACAGAGCACGGCUCCGCGGGACAGAGUACCGUGUGACGCUUCGCAGCAGCUCAGACGUGCUAAAAACGCGUGCCAGCCGGAGCGGUCGCAAAGCCUAACGCCAGCAGAUUGCCAGCCGACCGAGCGCUGCUCACGCGCACGAAAACAACAACAAACGCGCGUAACGAUGCAGUCCCCAGGAGGCAUCCCCUCGCUCGCGGACGUCCCGCAGAGCGUCAUCACCGCCGCGACGCUCAUGCCCUCGUCGUCGCGGCCGCUCGCCGAGGAGCCGCGGGCCAUUUGUUUGCGCCACGACCGCAACCAGAUCAAGAAGCGCUGCACGUGCGGCAAGGCGCGGCGCUACCGGCCGGGCCGGGGCUACGCGCCGGCGGCCGACGACGCGCGCCUCGCGGCCAUCGCCGAGGCCGUCGACCCGCUCUGCGCGGCGCUGCGGACGCACACGCAGAACGCGCGCGUCGCCGAGUGGUGCUGCCGCGGGCUCCAGCACGCGCUGGUGGACGCGCCGUCGCGCGCGAUGGUGACGCGGCAGCAGAACGGCGCGCAGCUGCUGCUCCUCGUCCUCCGGACGCACGCGACGUCGGCCAAGGUCGUGCGGGAGGCGCUGCACGCGCUCGCGAACCUGAGCGGCGACGAGGACGGCGACGCCCACGCCCAGACGGCGCUGCAGAUCGCGCGGAACGGCGGCCUCGAGGUGACGGCGCAGGCCAUGGCCGCGCACCAGGACGACGCGCGCAUCCAGGCGCUGGCCUGCGCCGUGCUCGGGCACACGUGCCGCAACGCGCCCCACCGGCGCGAGGGCCGGGCGGCGCUCCCGCACGUCGUGCGGGCGCUCGCGACGCCCGACGCGUUCAUCGACGUGCCGUUCGACGACGAGCGCUGCCACGCCAUGGCGUGCUACGCGCUCGCGGCCGUCUGCGCGGGCGACCGCGAGGCCGCGGAGGCCGCCGCCAAGCUCGGCGCGCCGGCGCUCGUCGACCACGCGCUGCGGCGCUUCGCGAAACGUGCCAGUGUCGAGCGGUGGGGGGCGCACGCCAAGGCGGCGCUGGCGGGCCCGGGCGCC